UAACAAUACCCGACACCAUGCUGGACCGCCUCCCUGAUACGGUCCUCUUGCAGCCCCCUUGCUACGGGUUUGCCGGCGGUUCUACACACUGUUUCUGCGGCAGCUCCACCGAGAAAUUCGUCUCCAUUCGGGAGCCAUACCGAUGGUUGGGAAGACCAUCCGUCCGCCGUCCAUCAUUUCCGUCAUUGAGAAUAGCUGCCGUAAUGCCGAAAUUGCCGCUGCUACCCAGGUCCUCACCGUGGAGAACUGGUUCGUCGGACAACGCGGCGGAAUGACCUUCACUGCUGACCCCGUGAUCUUGGAAACCCUCCUGCAAUCCGCCCAGUUGUCUCCAGACCAGGAAUCCUGGUGGCGCGAAGCCCUGGAAGCCAGCUAUCAGGAUGCCUGGCUUGCACUGCUGCUGCUGCGACUGCUCAACCUGCGCAAGCUGGAGAUCAAAAGCAUGGAGUCCGGAUCGCCAUACCUGCAGUCCAUCCUCACCCGUCUGGCUGACCCCAACGACCCCCUCACUGGUCUCUCCCGGCUGUCAGAGCUGGCCGUGGCCCCGGCCAUGUUCAGAAAGGAAUUCUUCCUAUCCAGCUUCAUCCCGUUUACUCAACUGCCUUCCCUGCGCAAGGUUCAUAUUAUCGGAGCCCUCGACCACUACCCAACCCCACCCGCGGGUGUGUGGGAGGGCGACGAUGCCCUUGAAGACAAUCCAUCCACCUCUGCCACCAUUAUCGACAGCUAUACCUUCCACUCCCCCUCAAACAUCACCCACCUUACCCUCCGCGCCAGCUCCACCCUCACCACCCUACCCACUCUCCUUCCACACCUCCCUCACCUCCAAUCCCUCAUCUACAACCACCACGAUCCCGCCCUCCACACCGCCGCCAUGGAAUUCAUUCGCGACGGCGCCAAAUCCGCGGGCCUCAACCCGUCCAUGGGCCUGGGAAUAUCCGCAGCACAAGCCCACUAUCUCGAGAACAUCUCCAACACCAGCACCCUCAAUCCAUCCGUCCUACUCCCGGCCCUUACUGCCGCUCGUUCCUCCCUCCAAUCCCUCUGGAUCUCAACUACCCACACUCUGCGAAUGAACCCCCUGGACAGACGAACCCAGGACCUCCCUGGUAUUCCCAUCGGCGAUCUACGUGACUUUACGUCCCUGCGAAUCGUCCGCAUGCGGGUUGAGAAUCUCCUACUCGUGGAGCGUCGUGAAGACAGGACCGUGAAAUACAUCCAGGGAAAAUUAUGGGAAAUCCUCCCACCCAGCCUGGAAGCUCUUUACCUAGAAGAAUGUGAUCGUGCGAUACUCCCCGAAAUCGUGGAGCAGUUACGGCAGAUAGUGCAAAGCCACGAACAACAAGUUCAAACACACCAGCAGAGCAUACUCUUCCUUAAUUUGAAGACCGUGGUACUGCAACAGCCGAUGGAUGAACCAGAUCGUGUACCGUUUCAGUUUCCGCCUAAUAUGACGUCGAUAUCGCGGGAGAUGAUGGAGGAGAUUGGGAGGAGUCGGAAGGCGGAGAAUGAUGUCCAGCCGGGGGUGUGGAGCGAGUUGAUGGGGUUGAGGGAGAGGUUUGCUGUGCUUGGGGGGACGUUGAGGGUCAUGGAUAAGAUGAGGACAGAUGGGGAGUUUCCGUUGAGGUUUGUGUGAUGCAUUAACGUUGGUUACGCUGUGUUGGGAGGGGGGGAUGGUGGGGAGGACGUGAUGUGUAUUGUUGAAUUGUUGGAUGGAUAUAUGCUCUUGUGAAUACUUAAUCAUGGAAAGAAAC